CCAUUUCUCGUCUACACUACACCCUUCUUUCUUUCUCUGAUCACUGAAACCAACUAAAACCUAAGCCUCCAAAGAUCCUCAUGGGGAAUUUAAUGCUCUCUCUAAAAGUGGCGUUGAUAUCCGCCGCUGUCGUAUCGGCGGCCGUGAUCUUCAAGCUCUUUGUCCCGCUGGUAUCGGAUUUUAUAGUUUCUGAUAUCCCUUCACUCUACACAAUCAUUCUCUCCUAUUUACGUCCUCCAUAUCUGUACCUGCUCAUCAACGGCAUCAUCAUCUCCAUCGUCGCAUCCUCCAAAUUUCAUCCAAGAUCUGUCACCAAUCCAGCUCCGGCGCCAGUGCCUGCGGAUAGGGUGUCAGUCAACGCUUACAAUGGUGCCGGACCUGCCGGUGAUGAGAGCGGGAUCUCGACAAGCGACGUGUAUAGCAACGCUGUCGAGAUUGGAUUCGGUUAUGGAGAUGCAGCAGCUGUGCCAGCAGCCAAGACCUCAUCAGUCGAGGAGGCUUACAAUGGCGCCACCUUCCGGGACGUGUAUAUCGACGAUGGUGGAAGCGGAUACGAUUACGGAGAUGCGACGGUUGUAGAAGAUCGGACGGCAGACACGGAAAGAGUCGUAAUGGACGGUGGUGAUAACACGGUGAAAGCGCCGGAAAGGAUGGACACUGCGGAACUUUUGAGUUUGUUGAGCGAGGUUGAGAAACCCCCGGUUUCUAGAAGGUUCGCUCAACGGAAAACCGUAAAAGCUCUCCAUCAUCUUCCAGAAGGGAAGGCUUUGGGAGUGACGAAGCCAAAACGCCACGACACGCUGGAGAGCACGUGGAAGACGAUAACGGAGGGCCGCCACAUGCCGUUAACCAGGCACCUGAAGAAGUCCGACACAUGGGAGCGCGUGCAGAAGGAGCAGCAGCACGCCUCCAGUUCUACAGUUUUUCCGAACAAAACGAAGAAAUCGGAAACCUUAAGCGACGGCAAAGCCACCACCGCCUCAGGUACGACGAAAGAUCAGUCGCCCGUAACUCGUUCUUCUGAAUCUGGCAAGCUCAGGAAGGAACCGUCGCUGAGUCAGGACGAGUUGAACCGCCGUGUGGAAGCGUUUAUCAAGAAGGUUAACGAGGAGAUGAGGUUGCAGAGGCAAGAGUCGUUAAACCAGUACCAGGCGAUGAUUAGGAGAGGGGCAAAUUAGCGAUUUCAGAGAAAAUUCGAGGGUUAAAAGUAAAAUUAUCUUUUAUCUCUCAUUUGGAAAUUAAAUUUUAUAUUGAAUGAUGUAAGUCAUGUAACUAACAACUGUGUUUUGAAAAGGUGUUCUUCCUUUUCAUAUUUUUUCUCUCUUCAUUUUGUUUUUUUUUUUUAAAUUAAAAUUGUUACUUUACU